CCGGGCAGGAAAUGAGGUGGGGCGCCAGCCCACACCCGCAAGGACCUCUCUGCUGCUACCGACUGUGGAGGACAAGCAGCGUUGAGGCUGUGGUAAGUGCAGCCCGGGCGGCCCCAAGCUCCCUGAUGCCAUCCAGCUGUGACCAGCUCCACUGAGAAAAGACAGGUCCUGGGGCUGGGCCGGGGCAGGGAGGAAGAGAGCCGUGAGGCUGUCAGUGGGUGCUGAGUGAACCGUCCUCCACCGUCCGUGCUGGUGAUGAGGGGCUUACAGGCCUCCCCAGACGGCCAUGCCUGGACCAGGUCGGCUCUAGCGGCGGCCUGUGCCUUGAGAGGCUUCCCAGUGCAGCCUUGGCCAUGCUUCUGGCCAUUGCUGUGGCCAUACUCGUCAGCCAAAGGUCCAAGCAACGCCUUUCUUCACCAGGAGCCCUGGCUAGAGGAGGGAAGGUGGGCAAGAGCGCGAGGCCUGGGGCUGCUGGGUGUGUGCCUGGUACCUCGAGUGCCCCUUUCUCCCGCCCUUAGGUGCUCCCACGACAGGAUGGGGCUGCUGGCGCCCCCAGCCCCGCCAGUCCUCUGGGUCCUAGGGUGCCUCUCCCUGCUCCUUUGGCUGUGGGCACUGUGCACAGCCUGCCACAGGAAGCAGGCUCAGAGGGGACCAGCUAGGCGUCCUGUCGUCAUGAUGCCGGUGGGAACGUCGCAUCUGAGGCAGACCUACCUCUGCUCCCUCAGCAAGUCCGACACGAGGCCGCAGGAACUCCACCGUGGCAGACUCCACAGCACAGCCCCACGACCUGCCAGCACGGAUCUGCGUCCACUGUGGCCAGAGAUGUCCAGGGGCAGCACCAGACUGCAGGCCGCCGCCUCUCCCUUCCUACCGCAGCAGCUGCCCAGGACCCCUUCUGCUACCACAGCCGCCACCUCCACCGGCCCUGAGGACACCUACUCCAACGUGGGACUGGCCACCGUCCCCAGGGCCAGGCUAGCAGCCAGUCCUGUGCUGUGGGGAGAAACACAGUUGAUGAGCUGUGCCCAGCUUGAGUCCAGGGCCAGAUCUACAGCGGCCGAGCAUGCCUGCAUCCCGAAGAGCAAGGGUCCCCAGGAGCUGCAUGGGGGGGCAGGGGUGACCCCCGCUGCUCAGGAUAUCCUGUACUCGAAGAUCUGCAAGCCUAGACACAGGGAUCCAGGACUUACCCUAGGCCAGCCAGACCCUCAGGGUCAGGAGGCAAGUCCUGCCCCAAAGAGAGGCCUGGCACAGGAAGAUGCCCCCCAAGGCCUGGGCAUGGACCGAAGCCCCCUGGAAAAUGUGUAUGAGAGUAUUCAGGAGCCGAGGCUCUGAGCGCCUCCACCCCGUCCCCUCGGUUAACGCGAGCAGGGCCUGUCCACAGGACACCAAGGCCUCCCGCCACCCUCCUCAGCCAUGGACCUUCACCCAGAGGACUCCCACCUGCAGGGCCCAUCCCAGGUCCACCAGCUCAUCCAGAUGGGCCUGCACUCUAAUAAAUCCCCACCACACAGAUGCGUGUGCUU